AUGGAUAUUCCUGGAAAGUCGCUGAAAGUGAAGAUUCCGGUGCAAGCUCCGAUCAAUUCGAAGCCGGAGAAAAAAGAAGAGGAUGAAGGAGAAGAAGAUGGAUUCACAACUCCAAAGGGGGCUCAAUUCAGGAUUCCGCCGCAGCUUGAGUGUCCUCCGGCACCGGGUCCUCGCAUCAACCGGAAGAAGAUCGACAAACGCCGGAAAAGAUCCACCGGAAGGAGGCUUGUCUCCAUCAACGUUCAAGAGUUGGAUACGGUCUUCGCAGCUUGCGAAGACACAUACAUAGUUGCAGAAGAUUCUUAA